AUGGGAGAAAUUGAUGGACUGGCAAGAGGAUAUGAAAUGGAUACAGAAUCUGCAAAAGAUAGCAAUAGCUUUACUAGAGAUUCUGACUCUAUCAUGUCUAUAUCUGGUGAAGCAAAGAUUGAUCUCAGAUCUCCAAAAGCAUGCUCAUUGGAUCAGCCUUCCACUUCUUCUGUUAGUUGGGAUUCUUUUAAGAACAGUCUUUAUUCUUUAGAGAGCAGAUCAUUGACAAAAUCAAGUUCUAGUAAAGCUGAGUCAUCUAAUUACAGCAUGGAACAUGAUUGUCCCCAUCAUAAUUUUGGAUUGAAUCCCUCUCUGAACUUCGAGGAGAAUCUCCUAGAGUUAGGAAGCCAUGUGGAAUGCAGUUGCUCAGAGUACGGGAUCAAUGGCAUUGGGCAUUAUACAGACAAGGAAUUUGAAGAUAUGUUGUACUCUAAUGGUGUGGCUCCUAGUAGUUAUGUUCUUUCGUCUGGAAGGUGGACUGUUAACCAAGUUACUGGCCAAAGAGGAACCUUAUUUUGGCAUGCCCAUAUUUCAUGGCUUAGAGUCACACUCUAUGGACCUAUAGUCAUCCUUCCAAAGAGAGGAGUUCCCUAUCCAUUUCCACAACCCUUCAAAGAAGUCCCCAUCAUUUUUGGUGAAUGGUGGAAGGCAGAUACAGAGACAAUUAUUAACACAGCCAUGCAAACAGGAGGUGCCCCAAAUAUUUCUGAUGCCUAUACCUUUAAUGGUCUUCCAGGACCCUUGUACAACUGCUCAUCCAAAGACGCCUUCAAAUUGAAGGUGAAACCAGGGAAGACCUACCUUCUAAGAUUAAUCAAUGCUGCACUGAAUGAUGAACUAUUCUUCAGCAUUGCGAACCACAACCUCACCGUAGUCGAAGCGGAUGCUGUCUAUGUAAAACCAUUCAAGACAAGCAUUGUUCUCAUAACACCCGGACAAACAACAAAUGUACUUCUCAAAACCAAACAUCAUAAUCCUAACGCAACCUUCCUCAUCGCCGCCCAGCCUUAUGCCACCGGCCCUGCUGCAUUCGACAAUUCAACCUCUGCCGGAAUUCUCGAAUACCAUACACCGUCAAACACCACCAAGAAAAUUAAAAAAUUCCCCCUCUCGAAACCAAAACUUCCAAUUUUCAAUGACACUACAUUUGCCACAAGUUUUAUCAAGAAAAUCAGAAGUUUAAACAGUGCAAAAUUCCCAGCAAAAGUCCCUCAAAAAGUUGAUAAGCACUAUUUCUUCACAGUAGGGUUAGGUUUAAAUCCAUGUCCUAAGAACCGAACAUGCCAAGGACCCAACAAUACAAUGUUGACAGCUUCUGUCAACAACGUCUCAUUUGUAAUGCCGAGUUCAGCCCUUCUUCAAGCUCAUUUCUCCAACCAAUCGAAAGGAGUGUACACAACUGAUUUUCCGGCGAACCCGCAGUUCAAGUUCAACUACACUGGCACGCCGCCGAACAACAUUAUGGUGACUUCCGGCACGAAGGUUGUGGUACUUCCAUUUAACACUACUGUGGAGUUGAUUAUGCAGGAUACAAGCAUAAUCGGUGCAGAAAGUCACCCGCUCCACCUCCACGGAUUCAAUUUCUUUGUUGUGGGUCAGGGUUUUGGAAACUAUAACUCUAAAACAGAUCCGGCAAAGUUCAAUUUGGUCGACCCGGCUGAAAGAAACACCGUUGGUGUGCCUUCCGGCGGCUGGGUGGCUAUUCGAUUUCUUGCAGACAAUCCAGGUGUAUGGUUCAUGCACUGUCACUUGGAAGUCCACACAAGCUGGGGACUGAAAAUGGCUUGGAUUGUAAUGGAUGGAAAGCACCGCCACCAGAAGUUGCCGCCUCCGCCAUCUGAUCUUCCCAAGUGUUGAUUAUAACAUUUUUUACGUAUUUUUACCGGAACUUAUAAAUUUUUUUCACAUUAGGUCUCUUGGGUUUUAGUUGCUUUGAGAAUCAUGAUCAUGUACCCUUCCAGAAAAUGGUGCAAAUUUUGGCCACAUCAAAUUAUUUGUAUUAGCCUUCAACCCUUUUGUUAUUCAUCAAUUUUGUAUUUUAACUUUUGAGCAAAGCACGGUUACUUACAGGACAUGAUGCCUGUUUUCUUCUUCUUGCACUGCCAUUAAUGUGAUAAGAGUCAAGAAAAAUGAUAUAUAGUAUCAAUCUAAGUAUUUGUUUUUCAUUCA